GGUGGAGGAGAAGAAGUGGGCCGUCUUAGUCUGAAGCUCCUUUCUAUAGCAUGUACACCAGCGUUGCACCUUUCCUCACGUUCAUAAUACUCUUCUAAACUGCUAUCACUGCAUCAGCUCUGCCACUGUGAGUUGCAGAACUGUAAAAACAUUCCGUUUAUUCUUGGAGAGAGGCAUCAUUUGGCACAGACACAAGAGUGACAGCACAUCAUGGAAGAAAAGAUUUGAGAACAACUUUAUCUGCUCUUGCAACUGGACUUCAGAAAGUGGCUUCAAGAGAGCAGGCAACAGGAACUAAGCAGACCUCCUUGCACGUCUGCUCCCAUUCUUCUUGGGUGUCCUUUUGAGAGACCCGAGAGUGUGUUGCUUAACGACGUCUGUACAUUUGUUCAUCCAUCCAGCUGUGUGUGUGCUUAUGUGGGUUGUCCUUUACCCUGUAACUAUGAGGGCCACACAUGUGCUGCUUUGUGUGGGUCUGGUCCUUCUUCCUGCUUCAAUCUGUCAGUCCCCUGCUGAACGUGACACUUACACAGAGUGUACAGAUGGCUAUGAGUGGGAUGCGCAGACUCAACUUUGUCGAGACAUAAACGAAUGUGAGACUAUACAGGGGGCAUGUCAGGGAGAGAUGAAAUGCUUUAACCACUAUGGUGGUUACCUGUGCCUUCCUCGCUCUGCUUCCAUUAUCACUGCCCCUGAGCCCUCUAGCCAAUCAGAGCCCAAUCUGCCUCAGGUAGAGACUAACGAGGCCUUUAACCCAUGCCCUGUUGGUUACAGAGCUCAAGGAGAUUCCUGUGUGGACAUUGAUGAGUGUGAACUGGACCAGCAUGACUGCCAGCCCAGCCAGCAGUGCAUCAACACAGUGGGCACCUACACAUGUCAGUGCCCUGACGGCUACAACAAGAUUGGUAUAGAGUGUGUAGAUAUUGACGAGUGCAGGUACAGGUACUGUCAGCAUCGCUGUGUAAAUGUGCCCGGAUCUUUCUCUUGUGAGUGUGAGCCUGGGUUCCAGCUGGCAGGAAACAACCGAUCCUGUGUUGAUGUAAAUGAGUGUGAGAUGGGAGCACACUGUCAGCAUAGGUGUCACAAUACAUAUGGUUCAUUCCUGUGCCGCUGUGAUCAGGGCUAUGACCUGGGACUGGAUGGCCUCUUGUGCAAUGAUAUUGAUGAGUGCAGCUUUUCCAGUUACCUUUGUCAGUUUCAGUGUGUGAAUGAGCCUGGAGGAUUCUCCUGUAUUUGUCCAGUUGGCUACGAGCUACUUGGAACACGGCAAUGCCAAGAUGUAAAUGAGUGUGAGACCGGCACUCAUCAGUGUGGAGAGGGACAGGUCUGUGUGAACAUCCAUGGGGGACAUCAGUGUGUGGACUCCAACCGCUGCCAGGACCUCUACAUGCAGGUCUCGGAGAAUCGUUGUAUGUGUCCUGUGGUGAAGCCAGAGUGUCGCGAUCUGCCCUUCUCCAUCGUGCAUCGAUACAUGAGCAUCACCUCUGAACGUUCUGUUCCCUCCGACAUCUUCCAGAUCCAGGCCACCAGCAUUUACCCAGGAUCCUACAAUACCUUUCGCAUUCGCUCUGGAGACGACAAUGGAGAAUUCUACAUACGGCAAAUGAACAACAUCAGUGCCAUGUUGGUUCUGGCCCGAGCAGUGACUGGACCCAAAGAGUACAUCCUCGAUCUGGAGAUGAUGUCUAUUAAUCCUCUCAUGAAUUACCAGACCAGCUCGGUGCUGCGUCUCAGCGUAUAUGUUGGGCCUCAUGCUUUCUGAGGAGUUAGAAUUAAAUGUAGGGUAAACACUGAAAGACAGGAUCAUUUUUCUAUUUCACAGUUCCAGAAUUCAGAAGCUAAUGAUGUGAUAUCAUCUCUUUUUUGUUUGUGGCUGAUUUUGGCCUUUUAUUGUGGGCCUAUUUUGGGAAGUGCUAAAGCAUCUGACUAUUCUUUCCUCUUACUUUGUCACUGCGGACUCAUUCUCACACAUACAUGAAGCACACACACACACAAACAUUUUGGUGCGGCUAUCCUUAUAAGGUCUCUCCAUAGACAUAAUCAUUUUUAUACUGAACAAACUAUAGAUUCUAUUCCCUAACCCUCACAAAAAACUUUCUGCAUUUUUACAUUAAAAAAAAACUUGGUUUAGUAUGUAUUUUAAGCGACACUAGAAAUUUUCUCUUAAACCACAUUUAUAGCAUAAUACCCUUGUAAUUACCAGUUAUAAACCAAAACCCACCGCACACACACACACACACACACACAUACACACACACACACACACACCAAUGGUGAGAUUGAUCUACAUGUUACAAAUAUUUAAGGUUCAGAAAGAUAAGUAUAGAUAUUACAUGUGUGAUAUUAUUUCUUCUUUUAAACAUAUUUAUGAUUGUCUAAUCUCAUGAAGAAUUGUGGUAUAAUUAUUCAACAUAUGUAUCCCAAAGAACUUUUAUAACUAAGUUUACUUUUGCAAUACUGUAUAAUCUCUAACAAAAUGUAACUAACUACAUUAAACACAAAUCCAGCACUCCAUGAAUCCUAAAUGCCACAAGAAUCUUCUGAAAAUUGUUGUCUUUUUAUUCUGUUUGCAUAAUUAGAUUGUGAAAAAGGUACAAAUUAAAUCAAAGAUCAAAUAUUUCUUAAGUAUGCUCUCAUAUCGUUUUCAUAGGGCACUUUAAUCCAUGUAUGUAAAGUUAACAGUCUGCUUCGUUCCUUUGUUUACUCUCUUUGCUGGCUUGUUUUUUUUCUUUCAGAUCCAUUCUCUGUUCUUAGUAUUGAUUUAAAACCGAUUUAAAAUGUCCAUUGAUGUUAGUAAUUUGUUUGCGUGUUUAGGGGGUAAGUAAAUAAAUGUAUUAAUCAGGUGCCUCCACAUGGUGACAGUGUAACACUGCUGCACACAUGGUGAGAUUUACCUUUGUGCCUUGAGAUGAGACAACUUUAAAUUCCUAAAAGAAUAUUCUGGGUUCAAGGCAAGUUAAGAUCGAUCGGCAGCAUUUGACACAUAAUAUUAAUUACCACAAAAAUACAUUUAAAUAUGUCCUUCCUUUUCUUUAAAAAAAAGAAAAGAAUCAAAGAUCUGGGUUACAGUGAGGCACUUCUAAUGGAAGUGAAUGAGGCCAAUCAGUAAAUGUUAAAAUUCUCACUUUUUUAAAGGUAUAGCCACAAGAUGUAAACAGUAUGCUUGUUAACAUGAUUUUAGUGUGCUAAAAUACAUUUUACAACUUCGUUGCCAUGACUACGGAAUGCCUUAACCCAAAAACCCAAAACGACCAUUAAAAACAACAAUUGAAACAACUUUACCUCUCAAAUUAGUUUUAACAGAAGAAUUAAUGUACAGUAAGUGCUUUUAUAAAAUUAUAAGCUUCACAUUUCUGCUUUUAAACCCUCAAAAAACUGGACCCAUUCACUUCCAUUGUAAGUGCCUCACUGUAACCCAGAUUUGUGCUUUUAAAGAAAAGGAGGGACUAGUCAAAAUAAAUAUUUUGUGGUAAUGAACAUUAUGCUAUAAUUCCUGUCGAUUGAGCUCAACUUGUAUCGAACCCGAAAUAUUCCUUUAAGGAUUUAUCGCUGCAGUUACGAGAUACAAAUGAGUAUUUUGAAACCAAAAAAAUUGCACAAUAUGUUUAUAGGUUACUGUACUUUUAAACUGCGCUGUGAAAAGCGGUAACUUGCAAUUGUUACCAUAAAGAGCUAUUUCUACCUUAUCUAACCCUUAAAAUUAGUGUUUUUGGUGUAACCUAAUGCAUUGAGGUUGAUUCAGUGACAUUUAAUAAUAUAUUUGACUUGAAUAAAACCAGUUAAUUUAGAUGUUACCACAUGAAGCACAUUCUUAGGUUAAAAGGUUUUCAGUGUACUGUACCUCGACUUAAUCAAGUUUUAACUCUUUAAUCUGAUUUUUAAUUCCUAUGCAUUCAGUAUAUUCUGAACCAGUUAACUAUACUCCAUGUCUGCUAUAGACAAAAAGGAAAGGGAAAGAAAGAACAACCAAGCAUGUUAAUGGAUGGAGAGUAAUAGAUAGACUACAAUAUUAAAAUCAGUACCUUUAAAUGCUAAUGAGACUGUCAGUAUCAGAAUUGUUUGUGUUAUUUGAAGUGCAGUACAUUAACAUAAUUUUUAAUCAAUGGACUUGUCAUCUCACACUUGUAUUGGAACUAUGGCACAAGAGUAGGAAGUUCUAUUUGAGUCACAGUCUGAUUUGUUACUGCUAUGUGUGUGAAAGGAUGUGCAUUUUUUUUUUUAAUUAUUAUUGUGCAUAGCAUGGUGUACUGUAAAGUGACAUGUGUGAAGUCAGCCUAGUGCAGCUCCAGCAGGGAAAUGAUGAGCUCAUUGAUGGUCAGUGUUGGCACAGAGGGCUUGUGGGUAGCACAGCAGAUGGAUGUAGGUGUGACAGGGCGUAGCAAAAACUGGAAUGAAACGCUUAAAGGAAUAUUCCAGGUUCAACACAAGUUGAGCUCAAUCGACAGCAUUUGUGGCAUUAUAUUGGUUAACACAAAUUAUUUUCUUUAAAAAUAAAUAAAUAUAUAUAUAUAUAUAUAUAUAUAUUGAGGUUACAGUGAGGAACUUACAAUGGGAUGGGGCCAAUUUUUUGGCAACAAAGUUGUAAAAUUGGAUAUAACUUUAAACAGAAAAGGAUAUUAAGCUAUAAUAUGAUUGUAUCAUACUAAAGUCAUGUUAACAUGCAUACUGUUUACAUAUUGUGGCUAUAUUUUUGAAACCAUGUGUAUAUUAACUAUUACGAAUUGGCCCCAUUCACUUCCAUUGUAAGUGCCUCACAGAAACAUCUUUUUUAAAGAAAAGUCUAAAUACAUUUUUGUGGUAAUCAACAUUAUGCCACAAAUGCUUUUGGCUGAGCUUAACUUUACUGAAGCCGGAAAUGUCCUUUUAAGGACACUGCCAAUGUUAUUAGAUGAUAGUAUAAAAGAGUGCUGUAAUAUUUAACAUUUUUUACUUUAAUUGUCUUUGAUUACAUGUGUCUAUUUGAUGAAAGCAUGUUCUGGAAAUCUUGUAAACCUGGUGCUGUAAUCUGUAUUGUUGUAACUUUCAUCACUUUCAAAAAUGUUACUGAAUUAUUGUGUUAUGUUACCAGUGAUUAGAAUUAUUCAAACAAACAAAUAUUCAUAUGCCUGUCCAUAAAUAGCUGCAUUUUAACUCUAAGAAUACAAAGU